GACUGUCAAUGUCUCCAAGGCAAAGGAAGAAGGUCUCCCGCACCACUCCCACCAUGAAAGAGCUCCAGCUGAUGGUUGAACACCAUCUUUGCAAGCAGCAGAGAGAUGAAGAGGAAGAAGACAGUGCUGAAGUACAGGAGUCACACAGUCCAAGCUGCUGCCCUCAUGCCAACGUAGAACCGACCCACAGUCCUGAAAGUUGCCCUUUGGCUCAAGCCCAUGCCCAGCUGGAAUCCCAGGAAAAACCACACUCUGGUCUUGAAGAACAGGGAAGAGUCACAGAAGCGUGCGGUGCAGGGAGCUCUGACAAAACGAGGUCUUACUUGUGCUCAGAAAAGCAAGGGAUUCAUAUAUCACCGGAGAACUCCGUGGAGAAGGACAGGCUGCCCAAGGAGUGAUUCUCUGCUGGAGGCACAGAGUUACAGCUGGACACAGGGCUCAUGCAUACCUGAGGAAUACCACAGCUCUCCUUCCCUCCCUCCCUCCCUCCCUUCCUUUUUAAAUGAUUGCAAGUUUUUUUAAAAGAUUUCAAUGACUAAGUCAUAUAUUUGUAAUGGUCCCAUCUUAUUUUUUUUAAGUGAAAAAAAACAAAACACUUUUUCACUGUUUUGAGUUUUGUGGCCAGUAGUAGGGAUUUAGCCUAGAGCACUAGGUCGAUUUUGAUCAGAAAUGGAAAAGCCUCUGCAUUUGGCCCCGAAUGACGGCCUAGAUCUCCCAAACAACAGAUGUGAGGCUGAUAAAGGCCUUCAGAAAAUUCUCUGCCUGGUUGGAUUAUGACCCCUAUCACUCCGAGCCACACUGGACGGAGGUAAUGAAAUUGGUAACCUAGCAUAUGUGAAGGCGAAAAAGAUGGGAGGGAGAGCUUAAGCCUAGAGCUGGACUACUGUAGACUCCAAAGGUGAGGCCCUGACUGGAUUUCCUGCUGUGCGUUCCCCUGCCUCUGGCCCACUCUGUGUAUGCGUGGAAAAAAACCCAGGAAUUCUACCUCCUGAUGGGCCAUUCUUUGUGUUGUUCUGUAGACAAUCAUUAGAAGUUUCUCCUUGCCAACAUGAUGGCUCAAACGCCAAUUCAUCUUUUCUCUCCUCUGCCAUUGAAUAGAAGUAGGAGAAUUUUCUGUAAUGUUUUACUCCUUUGGCCAGUUUUUCUGUCCAAAGCUAUCGCCCUCCAAAGUUGCUUGAGAUUUCAUCUCCCCAGGUUUGCAGUCGUAUGUGGCCAAAAAUCUGGUCCGAGAGAGGUUUCUCUAGGCCUUGUUUUCUACACUCUAUGAUAUUUUGAUAGCUGUCUAUUGUUUUCUGAACUGUGUAUUGCUUUCUGCUCUAGCAUAGCGUUUAUGUAUGCUGGGGACUCUUAUAGCUCCCUCCGAGCAUGCAUCGCAAGGCAGCAAGAAUGGGUACAGAAGAUUUAGGGUGACAAACAGGAUGGACUGCAUGCACUAGGCCUGCGUGCAGCUGUGCUUCACGCCACAAAAGCAACACUUUUCAUCUAGUCGGGUGAAGAGACAAUGUGAUUCUUGUCAUGGCGCUGUGCCUCACCUCAAAGCCUCCUCUGGCCACUCCAAUAGCUGGAAGAUGAGUAGAAGAGUCUGGGAGCGUCUGCAUGUGCGUGUCACGUGGGCAGAAUGCACUUGUGACUCCUGGAACUGUUAGCAAAACAUUGGAAGCAAAAGGAUUUGGAGAUGGGACAACGUUGCUUCGGGAUGCAUGGUGUUAAACCUUCCAUCGAAAAGAGCCAAGCCCACUUUGGAAGUUCUGCACGGCCCCAGUAUACUCACAGGUGGGCCACCCAGUUACCAACUUGGACCUGGAUAAGAGAAUUUUCUCUUCUGGUGUUCUGGGGCAGGGCCCAUAUCUUGGUUCCAGUUCUAUUCUGCUGAAUCCUGCCUCCUUAUUAGGUAAGGAAAACUGGGCAGCUCUGAUCCUUUCUGACACCUCUCGAUUCCCCUUCUAGUGGAGGUACACCAACGGUACCAUCCAGCAGUGCCUUCUGAGAACAAACCAGCAUUUCUGCUGUCACACCUACAGGCCUCUGUUGCACGUAUGUGCAAAACCUCCAAGAGUUGCCAUGCGAGUAUUACAAGAUUAUGACUACUGGGAAAAAAAUUUUUUAGGAAAAAAAAAUAGGAUCAGGAGUGUUCACAAUAGCUGCCCAUUUCCCCUUUCUCCUUUUAGAUGUACUACCAGUGUUUUAAACUUUUACAAGUGAAAAACCAACAGCCCUUCUAAUGAUAUUGAACUACAGUUUGCAGCCUUCCUCUUCCCCUUUAGUUGUACUGCUGGAAAUUGUAGUUUGACAGCAUCUGAAGGGCUACAUAAUCCAUUCAAAUACGAAAUACAUUCAAGGCUGCCAUGUCUUAAUAAGGGAACUAGUUGAACUUAGCCUAGAUGAGAAGUAGACUACAUAUAGUUGGUCAAUGACGUUUGGGGAGGGGGUGGGCUUUCCUUAUAUUAUUAUUCGCAACAUAAUCCUACCCCCAGAUGAUGAGGUGGCUGCAAUCGAGAACCAUGUGAAAGUUCAGAGCAAACUGCCUGCUUGGGAGUGUCCUAAGUCCUACAUUGCUGUAUCUCUGAAUUGGUUUUACGUAUCUGGACUACAAUGCUGGACUCUGCACCCUCACUCCCCCACCUGUGAAUCCUGCUUCUUUAUUAAAUGGGUCAUCUUUG